AGAUGGAGUGCAGUGAGAGUAUUCUGUGCGGAACAGGAGAACUGGACCUGGAUCCUGACAUUGUGAGUGAAGAGGCGGGAAAACUCUACUCCGAGCUCCAGUCGGUGGUUGAGACCCAUGGGGCGGGGGUGGUGGAGUCUCUCCUGCCCAUCUUGGUGUGGGUGCUGGAGGGACUGGCCAGCUCCCGGGCCCAGCUGAGAGAGAAGGAGGAAGAGUUUGAGAGAGAGAAAGGAGAGAAGGAAGAACUGCUGGAGAGGUACGAGAGCGAGAGAGCGCUUAGGAAAGAGAGCCAAGAGCGUUAUCUGGAGCUGGAUGACCAGAUCGAGCAGGAGAGGAGGGCGCUGCGUGGAAGGGAGAAAGAGAAGGAGAAGAGAGAGAAAGAACUAGAGAGGAAAGCCAGAGAACAGGCUGACCAAUUGGUGGCUCUGGAGGAGCAGAGGGCAAACCUGGCUCGCGAAUUAAACACUCUGAAACACACGCACAGCAAGUUGUUACUGUCUCAUCGGGAUCUGCUGGAGAAGAGAGAGAGAGCCUCAUCGCCAUUAAGGAAUCAUUUCCGCUCCAAGAGCACGGACGCGCAAUCCACUCUGGUCCAAUCAGAAUCCUCUAGUAAAGAACAGAAUGAACCCAGACUGGACUCUCCCCCUGAAGAGGCUCCAUCAGAAGCACCUGUAACCAAGGAGAGCAAAGUGAUUGACAUUGAGCAAAAACCUACCAGUGAUUCCUCCUUUAUUCUAGACAUCAUAAGCUCCACCCCUGAGUUGUCUCAGCUGAAGGGCCUGGUGGAGGCGAGCACCCCUGUGCGUGUAGAGAAUGAAGGAGCGAACUCCAGUCUGGAGGAGGAGUUAGGGGCAGCCCAGGAGCCUGGGGGACAGGCAGGUGAGGAGGAGGAGGGGGGCAUAAUGAUGGAGAAAACGAAAGAUGAAGAAGAGGAGAAGGGUCACGAUGCUGACGAUGAUGACAGCUUGGAGUGGGAGAUGCGAAACACUGAUUCCGUGUUCUCCGAGCUUUCCGAACUCAGCCGGGAAUACCUGGAGAGUGUGGACCAGGGGGCCAGCGUCAGAGGCAGCACGGACCAGUUUGAGGAGAUUCUUGCCCAGUAUGAGGAACUGAAACACACCCAUGAGAUGGUUGAUGUUGCAAGGAAGGCUCUGAUCUCACGUGUAGAGGAGUUGACCAAUGAGAGGGCUGCCCUUAGCCUUGAGCUCACUUCCUGUCGGGAAACCAUCGCGCGAUUGGAGGGCAGGGCGAAGGAGAUGGAGGAAGAGACCAAACGGUUACGGAAAGAACUGGAAACAGCGCAGUCUGAAGAUCCUGAUGCCCCUCUGCCCACCUCCCUCCGCCGGUUCUCUCGCUCCGAGAUGGCCCGGGUCGUCAUGGAGAAGAACCAGUACAAGGAGCGCCUGUUUGAGCUACAGGAAGCGAUAAGGCGCUCAGAGAGCCUCAGAGUGAUGAAAGAAGAGAAGGGCUCGGAGGAGAAGAAGAGCAGCAUGUGGAGGAGGUUUAACCGCUUGUUUGGUCUGACUAAAGAACCCUUCACUCAGGGCACUGCUUUAUCAUUGGCUGUGCCCUCACUCCCGACCGUCCCUACUCGCUCCCCAUUGGAGUCUCCACGGCAACGAGCUGUCAGUCAAGCUCCUACAGAUGUUUCUGUGUCUCCACGCCUGAGGAGGAGAGAACUGUACAGGGAGAUUCGCACCCAUGUGUGGGGGGCACUGGGUAGACGCCAGAUCCACGGCUGGAGUGUGCCCCUCUCACACGUCAGUGACACCUCUGAUCCGUCGCCCGAGCCCAAAGACGUACCCGUCCUCACCCAGCUUAGACUGCUCGACCAAAGAGACGCAUCUGCUAAGUUGACUUGUGCAGUCGCAGUCCCACCUGAAGUCUCGGGAGAGCAGACGUGUUCCGUCUGGGCGGUCACUGGCCCCGCCUCCAGCAGCGACGUCACAGUGAUCGACCCAGGGCGGUCCAAUACGAUCCUGGAUCAGUUCAGCCUCCCGCCCACCUCUCCCGCGCUCUGCAUUUGUGCUGUACCCCCUACUGGGGAAACUUCUGGAACUGUGUGGAUCGGAACACAGGAUGGAGGGGUGUUGGUGCACUCAGCCUCUGCCUCUAGGAGGCGCUGUUUACAGUCAGUCUCUCUCUCGGAGGGAGUGCAUUCUCUAAUAUACUCACAUGGUCAGGUGAUUGCGGGAUUAGCCAAUGGGACCCUUGCAUUCUUCCGCCACAGCUCGGGUGGAUGGGAUCUCCAGUCACAAGAAAUACUGUCCCUGGGCUCAACUCCUCUGCAGCCCAUUCGCUGUUGCCUAGCAAAAGGGGAGGGUCUGUGGGUGGGCUACUGGAACAAAGUUUAUAUGAUUGACAUACAGAAGCGGAAAGCAGAGAAAUCAUUCACGGUGUCGGAACGAAAUGAACAGCAGGUGCGUCUCCUGUGCGCGGCAGGAAGUGGCGUUUGGGCUGCCUGUCGACUAGACCCCACCAUCAGGCUCUUUGAUUGGUCAACGGGUCGACCCCUACAGGAAGUAGAUUUGUCACCCAUGGUGACCAAAGCCCUGGGCUCAGCGUUUCUGUCCCUCUCCUCUCUCCAGAUCUCAUCCAUGUCUGUUAUUUGUGGGCGACUGUGGGUGGGAACAGGAAGUGGAGCCAUUUUCUCCAUCCCUCUCUCGCUCAGUUCAGAGUCCUCCUCUAUCCCAUACUGCUCUCUGGCCGCAGCCCAGCUGUGUUACCACGGACACCGACAAGCAGUCAAAUUCAUCAUCUCGGCCCCGGGCUGUAGAAGUUCCUCCAGUACAACAGAGGGCGCUGUCUCCACCUCUCAUCUCAUCCUAAGUGGAGGAGAAGGCUACAUCAAUUUCCGUAUCGGAGAUGAUGGGAGUGAUGGAACGAGUGAGACUGUCCCACAGAGAUCUGAACGGAGUCACAUGAUCAUUUGGCAGAGCCCCACCUCCUCCGUGCCUAAUCCCGCCCUUUGA